AUGGAAGAGAGCCCGCUCCCAUCAUUCUGCACAGCGUCCUCUCCCCACCCACCGCCGCCAGCCCUACCCCAGGCUUCUCCUCGCCCCUCCGACUUCUCCAAGCCCUGCCUAGCGUCCCUUCAUGGGCCCAUGGAGAAAAUUGAGAUCCAUCCAACCUCCCUCCCUGCUUCGCUGAUGAGUUUGGUCUAUGCAGCUCAGGGCAAUGUGAACACGACGGACCACGCGCACCAGACUGUGCUGCACUGGGCAGUGGUGCGUGGGGUGGCGACCGUGGCGGACGUGCUAUUGGAGAACGGCGUGAGGCUUGAGGCGACCAAUGUCAAUGGCUACCGGAUAGACCAUAUUGCAGCUCAGUAUGGCCAAACAUCAUUCUUGCAUCACAUUAUCUCAAAGUACGGUGCAGACUUUGAUGCUUUGGACAAUGACGGGAGGAGCCCAUUGCACUGUCCUGAAGAGUCGGUUGAUAACCUGACUGUUGUGACCUUAUAA